AUGGUGGAUGGCGGCCAGGAAAGACGGCCGCUGCGCAUAAAUCUUUAUAGGGCAGCAAACCAAGUCUCCUGCCUGGGCUCAGGGCCAGGCACGACAGCCCGAAGGGUCACAAAUUCCCCUACUAUCUACUGCUUUAUCUUUAUUACGUGUUUGCUGAUUUGGGAAACGGGUGGAGUGGGACAGGUGGGGAAACCUGGGCUCCCACAGUCCUGCCCUUGGAAGGGGCUGACAUAUUUUGCUUUAUUCAUCCCCCAGAAACCCAUUACUCACAGGUUUGGCAAGGCAGAUCUGGGUCCCAGGCUCCCCCACCUUUUACCUGCAGUGUGCAGUGUGGCUCCUGAGCAUUUGUGGAAGCACAGAAAGACAGCCUGGAGAGAGGUGCUGGGGCUGCUGGUGUGGGCCUUGAUUGCUGACACUCCGUACCACCUGUAUCCUGCCUAUGGCUGGGUCAUGUUUGUCGCUGUCUUCCUCUGGCUGGUUACAAUCGUCUUCUUCAUCAUCUACCUGUUCCAGCUGCACAUGAAAUUGUACAUGGUGCCCUGGCCGUUGGUGUUAAUGAUCUUUUUUGUGGCUGCCACCGUUCUCUAUAUUACUGCCUUUAUCACUUGCGCUGCGGCGGUCAAUCUGACAUCCCUGAAGGGCUCCCGGCCAUACAACCAGCGCUCAGCUGCCUCUUUUUUUGCUUGCCUGGUGAUGAUUGCCUAUGGAGUGAGCGCUUUCUUCAGCUUCCAGGCCUGGCGAGGAGUGGGCAGCAAUGCAGCCACGAGUCAGAUGGCUGGGGGCUACUCUUAGGUAGGCCGUGCUGUGGCCUAAGCUAUCUGAGCACAGGGUUGAAAGGUUCAGGCAUUAUGCUGGCCUGCCCCUAUUACCUGGUGGAAUCCACUCAGGCAGAACCCUGGUCAGCCCAAGGUUCCAUGGGAACUAAGUCUGCACGCAGGUACAGAGAACCCCUUUAAAAGAUAGGCCCCUGCCCAUUUACGCUCUCUGUUCCCGUUCUCUGUCCUGCUCUCUGUUCCCGCUCUCUAUGUUCUCUGUUCCCCCGCUCUACUAUGUCUCCCACCUAUGCUCUCGCUCUGUCUCUCUAUGGCAACCGGCCAUGGCGGUCAGCCAUUUACCCUGUUCCUCUUCUUAGUCUCCCCAUUCUGCCGGGCCUUGUAAUAAACUUAUA